AUGUGUAACAAUAAUAGAACACCUGGGCCCUUAUUUGGAAGCGUGAGUCUCAAAAAGGCCUAUGAAGUUAUCAGGUUAACUUUGAAAAUAUUUCGUAAAAUUUCCUCCAACUCUUGAUUCUUAGGUAAAUUUUACAUCUGAAGAGCGCGAUGCGAUUCAGAGUGCAUUAAACCAGAAGCUUGGCCCAGAGUACAUCAGCCAAAGAGCAGGGGCCGGCGGGCAAAAGGUAUUUUUGUUACAAAACAAAUUAAAAUCAGCAAUGUCAGAGAAAGCAUAUUUAACGUUCCUGAUUCGUAAUUACGUAUGCAUGUUAUUCCUUAGCUCGCUUAUGUAGAAGGAUGGAAACUCAUCAAUUUAGCAAAUGAAACCUUUGGUUUCAAUGGUUGGUCACAUUCAGUAACUCAUCAGAACAUAGGUAAGUGAAAUUCACUUGUGUUCCUUCAAAUGUUCGUUUACAAAAUAAUGAUCGACAAAAAUACUUUUUUAUCAUGCCACUAAUAACACAACUGGCAUGUUGGUUUUUCAGAUUUUGUAGAUCAGGUGGCAAACAAAUACUAUGUUGGAGUUAGUGCUUUCGUGAAAGUCCAAUUAAAGGUGAUAAUUAGUGUCAAUAUACGGGGUAAGGUAACAAAUCCCAUCCUGACAACACGUUGGCCGAAGCGUUCGUCAACGCGUCGGCCGACAGUCGGUGGUGACAUUUUGACAUUGAAAGGAGUAUUUAACACUAUCAAUAAUACACUUUUUCGCAAGGGUAAGACAGGAAAAAAAAUUUCUUGUACCCUUUUUAUUUUAAAAGGGAUCAAACCUUAGGCCAGCCAUUGUUGAUUAGUAAUUUAAGCUUUCGAGGAUGCUUUAAAUCCAUGUUUCAAAGUUAUUAACAAGUUGCAGAAUUUUAUCUUCAACUAUAAGCUUCAUAAGUUUGAGCAACAGUGUUCAGCGUGUAAUAGGGAAAAUUUAAAAUGUUUGGUGAUAUUUUACAGGAUGGUGUAUACCAUGAAGACAUUGGUUAUGGAGUCUCAGAAGGAAUGAAAUCCAAAGCUCUGUCUCUUGAAAAAGCAAGAAAAGAAGCUGUCACAGAUGGGCUGAAAAGAGCUCUCAAGUAAGCUGAUUUCUAUGAUUAAAGAAAUAAUCUUUUUAUUGAUUUAUGGUUGUAUAACAAUGAAACCUAUUUAUUCCAUUUAUUGGCCUAGCGUCCUCCAUCUGACCCAAAUAUAACUGCUUAUAAACACAUAGCUUGCAAGCAGGCCUUCCUUAUCAUUUCAGCAAAAGCAUUUCUUUGCCUGUGGGAAAGUAUGAGGCUUGGUGAGUAAUAUGAGCCAGCAAGAGGUCUGUAAAGGGUCUGGGACUGAUCCAGACCUGCAGCAAACCUCUCAUUAACUCUUCUCAAAUCUUCCUGUGGGUGAAGAAAUGAGUGUCCUUCAGCCCAAAUGACAAGGGCUUGCUCCAAGGCUUAUAUGUAUUACUAUCUAGCCAUAUUUUUUCUGCAGUCAAAUAACAAGUAGGUAAUUAUAAUUAUCAUGAAUUGCCAUCUUCUCACAGGUCAAUCUGAUCAAUUGAUCUGCUCACCACUAGCAAAUGGCCUUACUUUGCUCAACCUUGCCCAGAAUUACUAAUUAUGGAUAAGUGUGCUCUGUAUUAAGUAUGGGAGUUAAUCCAAAGUUUCAUUGAUUUCUCUACCUGAAUAUUUCCUCAUGUAGGAGUUUUGGAGAAUCACUUGGCAACUGCAUUAGUGACAAGGACUACUUAAAAUUCAUUACCAAACAACCAAAAUCAGUAAGUAUCAGUAGCCUUCCUGGAAGUAGAAAUCCAACUAUAGUGUAAGACAAUGAUGCAAGAGGGUGAUCUUUAAAAAUCAGUUUGAAUACUCGUUAGCUUAGAAUGAUAUUUAUCAAACAUUCUUUAUUUUAAGCUCCAUUACUCACACUCUCUUCAUAUACUUUGUUUUGCAUUUAUAUGCAAAAAAACAAUUUGGUUCAUAGCUUGCAAUUAUUAUAUAUUUAAUGAGUUCAUUAAAUUGCUAAUUAAAUUAAUUGAUGUCAAUUUAACGUGAAACUUUUUGUACAAUAGAAAUGCUGAAGUUUUAAUUUUUUAGGGUACUAUUCAGUAUGAUGUAAAUCUUAUGAGGAGACCUGGGAAGACAGUUAUGAGAAAAACCAAGGAAGACCAGAAUUCAUCUGAGAUGAUGAAGGAAAACUUCCCUCCUGCAGGUGUAUUUGCAAAUACUUUCCUACUAAUUAUUCACUGAAGUAUCAACCUGAUGGUAAUUUUCGAAAGUUUUUAUGUACUGUGUCCUUGUUCACAUUAUAUUAUCUUUUAUUUCAGAUGUUAGUCAUGUUAACACUGAACAAGUUUAUGUUGGUUCUGCGGGAAACAAUGUUCAAAGCAAUUUCUCUAAAGGGCAGUCUUCAGAAAUGCAGACAAGGUCAGCAACAAAAGCUGAUAAUUUGAGAGUAUUAAACAAACCAAGGACACCAACAGGAGAGUGGAAUAAAUCUGAAAAAGCAUCACACUGUCCUCCACCAUUCAAGACCCCUGGAGCAGCUUCUACCCCUGCAUUGGGAACAGUUACAAAAAGCAGGACCUCUUUUGUGACCACACCCAUAGAGAUUAGGGCACAUGAAACUGAGCCAAAGGUGGAGAACUACAGUGUCGUUCCAGAAGGUAACCUUAAAUAUUUCCUGAGAGGUUUUAAAUUUUUAAAAGUGGGGUUCAGCUUUUAAAAGUGGUGUUUUAUCUAUAGCAGUAAACUGAUUCUUGAUCUUAAUGACAUCUGCAUGAUAAGAAUGGUUCUUCUUCAGAUGACCCUCUUCUUUGGAAUCAAUCUUUUGGUUUUGAUGAGGCACUCAUGUCUUGUAGUGAGGAAUUACUAAUGAGACCCUCAGAGGGCUCUAAACCUGAAAGCAGAUCUGUUCACCCACAUGACGUGAAAGCUUCCAGGUAUGACUUGAAUAGUAAUACAAUUAUAUGAAUUUUGAAUUAUGUGUUAACUCCAAUUUGGAAAAAAACUGACCUGCAAUAAAGUAAAAGCCACAGUUUGAUAAUCAGGGUUUGUUGAAAAUGCCGAGCACUAAGGUUUUAACCAAUACUUGAGUCUACAAACUUGAAAGGAAUUUGAUACUAACCAGUAAGCUGAAACAACAUGAUUGUUAAGAUAAUUGAAGGUGGCUUUGAACCGUGGGUCGUUUUUUUUUAACUUUAGAGCAAGAUAAAUGGUUUAUGCUGAUUGGAGGUCACUAAAUUCAUUUUUUGAAACAGACACUUAAAGCCAAAUUUAAGGCUGUUUCUGAAGUGUUGCUAUGGUUACUUUACUUGUCCUUGAUAAAAAAUAAUAUAUUUAUCCUGUUGAGAAAAAAUCGGGUUUUUAUUUGAAACCAUUUAGAUCAUAUCAGCACAUGUUUGAAUUUUUGUCUUUUUCACACAUAAGAUUCUUUUUAUCUUGCUGCCUGUAUUCAAUAUGCUUUGUUUAAUUCUCAAAUUUAAUUUUUUAUAUUUCUGUCUAAAAACGGAAAAAUAACAACAGCAACACCCCGAUCAAUGAAAACUUCGCGUGCACCAAACCUUUCCGACCAGACCAAAACAACACUCGCAGCUCGUGUUUCCCGAAUCAACCAGGUACGUAUUCACACCGGCCUUUCAUCUCACUCAGUCUUGGGGAAAAGAAUCACGUCGCAGAUAGAAGUGACUAAUUUUAACAUCUAAUCUCUUCCCCCAAUUUAGUAAAUUAGAGCAAUUUCUGUGGUUGGUCUAAGAAAACUCGUGCCACUCUCUUAACCAAUCAGAUGCAAAACUGAAACCGAACGAGUCUUGGUCAAUGGCGUUUCCCGCGCUUCGGUCAGUUUUUUUUUGUGGCGGCUCCUUAGGAUUGGGUUGUUUUUUUUUCUACGCUCAGUGAAUGGUCCAGAAAACUCGCGCGACUCUCUCGACCAAUCAGCGAACCAAAACGAAAUCGCGACUUGUUUAGUGGAAAAUUGCUCAAACAUGGCUCUUUAUGUCAAUUUCACUAAUUCUUUUGCUUUCUUUAAAUGAAAAAAAACUCUUCAGAAUUGUCUAGAUUGUCUUCUUUUCAUUUUAUUUCCCGCAGAAAAUAUAAAGAGGCGGAGAAUAGAGGGGCAUACUGUCAGGUGACCGUGAAUGGAAAAGAUAAUAACUGGAGAAGUUGUAGCGCGAAAUACAGAGUCAGAGACGCAUUUAUUCGCUCGACAGAGACAGUACGGCUUUAGUUCGACCUUAGAAAAAAAUCAUUGCUGUUGACUCGCCUCGUGAGUGAUAUCUGCACUGGUUGGGUUUGGUUUAUAAUGUCAAGUAUUUUAAGAUAUUUUCCUCCAGAUAACAGUGUGUAUUUCCCUAAAGUGGAUCUUGAAAGAAAUGACGGCCACACCUCGAACAAACCAUAGUGCAUUCCUACCCGAGGAAUUCUCUGUCCCAUAAUACUAUGAGGUGAUUCUUCAGUAUUGCACUGCGCGUCCUUUACUACGCAUAGAAAUCACGUUAGUAUAGGUAAUCACAUGAUUUCGAGUGCAAUUUGGAAUAAACAAGCACGAGUAAAUUUUUUUAAAGACUAACAAAAUUGCACGA